CAUCAGGUGAUCCGUCUGCUCGUUUACCGGCUUAUAUAUCUUAAAAAAACCGUCUAUGAAUAUCCGCAACACCAACGGUAAUCUGUACCUAUCUUUAAUAUUUUUACCUUUUGUGAUAAUUUUAGGACAAAGUAUUUAAAAACUAAAGGAUACGUGAAUUAAUACUGGUGCUAAGCGGAAAUGUUAAAGUUAUUACGAUAGGAAAUUUUCCCUUUAGUUUGAAUUCUAUUUAGUAAAGUCUGCCAUUAUGAAUUUAUGAUACGUAUGCUAUGAUUUUGUAUUAAAAGAAAAACAACCUGCGACAAAACAUAUAAUUUUGUAGGGAAAACAAAGAAAGAAAAUUCAGUAAAUUUAAGAUUCAGUACACUGAAAUUCGUGUCAUUUUAUCCACUUCGCGUUCACAUACAUCGUAGAUCAGCGUUCCUAGAACAUUAAAGGAACUGUUAAAUCCCAGUAUCACAGAGUAAACCAUCCUCUGUUGUUUUGAAAUAAAAAAAUAAUGUCUAAAAUCAACCAUGCCUAUCAGUAGACAUCCUUUUUCCUUUUAAUGACUUAUGAAACUCUCAUCGUUAAUUUUGUGUACCUAAUAGUAGGCUGUAGGUACCCAUAAUAGACGCUUAGUAGAUAAUGUGAAGGCAAGAAAGUAUCGAGGCAGCAUUAAAUACACCUCGCUUUAAAACUCCAUGUCAAAACACUUAGCCGCCGUCAGAAAAAAGUGUGAAAUUAUCUUAAGUGGCCAGUAUCUAAGAAAGCCCUUUUUUAAAUCAGGCUAAUAUAACGGUACGUUCUAAGUAAAGAUAGAAGUGUAGAUAAGUUAAUAAGAUUAUUAUUAUACCUCAUGUUGAGGUCGGGGACCGGCUUUUAAGGACGGAAUGUUUCUGAAACCGUGUAUAAAAAACGAGUGGUCCCCAGGGAUCGGUCAUUCCGCGGCCGGAGUGGGUGCACGCAUCUUCGUUCCCAAAAUAACGAUUUUUUUGUGUUAAGGUUACUUAAUUCUUCGUUCGAACUUGAACUAGUAGUUUUGAGUUCAAUCUCGGAGGGGGUGAACGUUAGUUAACUUCUCUCGUCCAGUCAGCACAUCUCCAUAAGUGCCAUGUAUCCGGAUGCAGUCAAAGUGAUGCAGUUUGUCCUGAGCCUGGCGCUGGUUGCAUCGUCUGAGGCUUUCUUCUUAAAAUGGGGCUCGGAUUCUUCAAGCCAGUCAUCCGCUCCGAAGACGUGGGUGCAGCCGCUGCCACCAAACAUGUCGCCGGGCUACCGGUACCAGUACACGUACACGCCGUACGAGCCCCGCAAGGUGUACCAGAUCCAGCCCCCGCAGUACUCGCAGCCCGAGGUGGUGCAGCAGAACCUGGCGCCCAUCCCCAUCAGUGUGCCAGCCGGGGCCAGCCUCACCCCCGUGUCGCUCCAACACGUCCAGCUGGUGCCGUGCAUGUGUCCUGUCGCUCCCGAGGAAGCUGAGAAACUCCAGGAGCAAGUCGGCCCCGGGCCCUACAUGCCACAGACAUACAGCCAGCAGGCCUACGCUGUGCCACAGCCAGCCCCCUCAGACAACGGUCAAAAUCCCAACAAACAGUAGUACGCAAAUAAAUGUAAGCGUCAAGUUAUCCCACCAAUGACUCGCUCAUUUAAACUAUAAUUUAUUUCAUUGAAAUAUUAUUAUUUAAUUUAUCGUCUUGAAGAAAAAACCUAUUUUUCUGAUAUUUAUUUAUAUCUGAAAACAAGCGUUUUUGCUAUUGCAUGAGGUUUUUUCUUCAAAAUAUUACGAAGACUGAUAGACUAAGAACAACGUGUGUUCACUUAUUCUA